UCAAAAGAAAGAGAGAACGUACAAGAAGAGUGAGAGAGAUAGAGAGAUGGGAAACAGCUUAAGGUGUUGUCUAGCUUGUGUUCUUCCAUGUGGGGCACUAGAUUUGAUCAGGAUCGUUCAUCUAAACGGCUACGUUGAAGAGAUCACACGGUCAAUAACCGCCGGAGAGAUCCUCCAAGCAAACCCUAACCAUGUCUUGAGCAAACCAUGUUCUCAAGGUGUUGUCCGCAAAAUCUUGAUCUUGUCCCCUGAAUCCGAGCUCAAGCGAGGAAGUAUCUAUUUUCUCAUCCCGGACUCUUCCUUGCCGGAGAAGAAAAGGAGGAGAAAAGACGGUCAUAAUCGUCCAAAAAAAACUCUCAUCAACAAACCUAGCGCUGACGUUGGAGACGUUAAAGAAGAUGAUGAAUGUGCCAAGUUGUGUGAGAAGUACUUAGAAGAAGUUGUGUCUUCGACGUCGAGUGGUAAACAACACCGUCAUCGCCGGCGAUAUAGUAGAUCGGCGACAGUAUCCACGUGGAGGCCGCACCUUGAUAGUAUCUCUGAGGAUGUUAAUUAAUUCCUUUUUUCCUUUUUUACCUUUUUUGUUCUUUUUUUUGCUUCUAAAAUUGGUGUUUUUUUUGUCCGGAAGCCGGAUUUUUAUUUCCUAGAGAUUUAUUUUUUACUUUUGUUUUUGGGGAAAUUCUCACGAAAAAAUUAUAUAAUGUGGAUAAGAUCUGAGUUAAAAUGCUGUUGUAAUUUCGAAUCACCAAGAGUCGUUAAUGAGAUUAUUAAUGUGUUUUAUGA